GUCCUGCCGCCGCCAUGAGCGCCGGGCAGCCCGCUGGGGAGGCGGCGGGUGCGGCCGUGCCCUCGACGCUGCCCAAGGUGCUCUCAGCCGUCUUCUAUGGAACGUGCUCCUUCCUCAUCGUGCUGAUAAACAAGGCCCUGCUCAGCGCCUUCAGCUUUCCAUCACCAAUCUUUCUUGGAAUUGGGCAGAUGGCAGCCACUAUACUUAUCUUGUACGUGUCAAAACUAAGUAAGAUUGUUCACUUUCCUGAUUUUGACAAGAGUAUACCUGUGAAGUUGUUUCCUCUGCCUCUGAUCUAUGUUGGAAACCACAUAAGUGGAUUAUCAAGUACCGGCAAACUCAGUUUGCCGAUGUUUACAGUGCUCAGGAAGUUUACCAUUCCACUUACUUUACUGCUGGAAAUCAUCAUACUUGGGAAACGGUACCCACUGAGUAUUGUAGUCAGCGUAUUUGCCAUCAUUCUUGGAGCUUUCAUAGCAGCUGGGUCUGAUCUGUCUUUUAAUCUGGAAGGCUACGUCUUUGUACUACUAAAUGAUAUUUUCACAGCGGCUAAUGGAGUUUACACAAAGCAGAAAAUUGAUCCAAAGGAAUUGGGAAAAUACGGUGUCCUUUUCUAUAAUGCUUGUUUCAUGGUGGUACCAACAGUUAUUAUUAGCUUUUCUACUGGAGACUUUCAGCAGGCAACACGUUUCCAGCACUGGACAAAUUUUUUAUUUGUCUUUCAAUUUGUUCUUUCCUGCUUGCUGGGGUUUCUCUUGAUGUAUUCUACUGUCCUAUGCAGUCAUUACAAUUCUGCACUCACAACAACAGUUGUUGGUGCCAUCAAGAAUAUAUCCAUUGCCUACAUUGGAAUGUUGAUUGGUGGAGAUUACAUAUUCUCCAUGUUAAACUUCAUAGGGCUAAAUAUUUGUAUGGCAGGGGGACUGAGAUACUCCUUUUUAACCUUAAGAGGAAACAGCAAGCCUAUGCAAACUGAGGAUGAAGACAAUGCACUUCCUGAAUCAAAGAGUUAGCCAAAAUGCCUGCCUUGAAAGAGACUGAAAAUGCAGUUGUAGUGGGCUUGUUUAUAUGGCUGAGAACUCAAAUAAAUAGAUGCUGGAACUCAUUUGGAGCAAAAGAAAAAAAACCUACCUCAGUUGCCAAAGAUGUGCACACAUGCAUUGAUUGAGCAUAUUCUUGCACACCAUGUUUUCACAUGCAAACAAGCCUAACUGUAUCUUUUUUAUUCCAUGAGGUAAUUUAUAGGAGGGAAUGACACAAGAAAAUAUCAAGUUGUACAUUUCUUCAUUUAUCUGUACUUUGGUGCUGUUUGUAUUUGACAAGAUUGCUGAAUUCUGUUUCAGUGUCCACUGCUACUCGCUGAAGCAGAGCUCACUGUAAAGAUCUUGAGGCUUGAUUCAUCAUUGCAUUUUGCUAUAGGCAGACUUUGAUAUAAAUCAAGAGAUCAAGGAUGAUAGUGAUUCACAAUGAUUUUAUGUGCAUAUUUGCUCUUGAAAAAGUGAUGUAGAACAUAUGGAGCAAAGAAUAACUGUGCCUUUAGAUUGUUUCCUGUGUAAGUGAUGAGUAAAGAAUUCAGGGCGUAGCCUAAUAUGUUCAGCACAUAGUAUAGACAUUGUCUCUUUAUCAUCUCUGCAUUAGUAACAUCAUGGUGUACUGCUACAAUCAUUACUCUUGUUGUAAGUGAACACUCAUAAUGUUGCUGCAAUAUCAAGGGGAUUUUUUACUAUUUGAAAAGACUUGGUUUUUUGUAUGUAAGGCAUUCGUAAGAGUUAACAAAAGUGAAUCUAUUUUUGUUUAAGUAUAUUCAUCUUUUUAUAUCACAGUCCUUCUGAUGUUUUGUCUUUAGCUUUUAAUGCUGCAGAGAAGCAAUGCUAGUAUGUACAACCUAUGAGAAGGAAACAGAUUGAGAGAUGGAAGACUGAACAUAGACUGUUUUUUAUAUGCAGUGAAAGUUUAUCUGGGUUAUAGUUUAAGCUUAUCUGGGUAAUAGUUUAUGCUUAAAAUUCAGAGGAAGUUAUUGUAACAGUCCUAGGCAUUUGCUACAGUGGGCAAGGCUGGUCCAUUGUUUUAAAAAAAGAAUAAUUCCAGAAUGUGCUAGCAUGGGGUCUUGUCUAGGAAAAUUAUGGCACCUCUCUGUGUCUUUAUUUCUUUCUCUGAAAAUACAGUUGGUAAUGCUUACCUGUGUCUCUGAUGAUACAGCUUGCACUGGAAGACAGCUGAGUAAUUAAUCUUGUUGAAGUUCUCACCUCCCUCCAAGCAUGAGCCAAUAUUUUUAAAAAAAUCAAACAAAAAAAAAAGAUUUUGGAAGACAUUGACCUAGAACCUGGGUGGUCUUAUGACUUCUUUGAUCCCUGCUUGAAUUAAAAUCCAACUAAAUCUGAAAAGUAUUACUCUGUGUGUUAACACUCGAAUGACCAGACUGAAAGAGAUCUAAGAAAUGUGAGCAGCUCACAGCAUAAGCUUUGUGGAGUGACUGGGCUAGCGUUGAUUUGAGUGGUAAGAGGAGCAGUGGCUGAAGAUACCUAGAAGUGGAGCAUAAGGCUCAAAGUUGGAUCAGAAGUCUGAGCUAUCCAAUUUCUAACACUUCUCUAAGAGAUGUGACUUUCAUUUUCUGCAUAGCAAAGAGCUGGGGAGGGACAGAGUUGCUGCAGGUAUUUUAGAGAAAUUUCUGGUUUUAGCCAUUUCCUUACACUUAAAGCUUUCAGUUUUUUUGAUAGUAUUCUUUUAUAGGAUUUCUCUUUCUCCAGGUUGUCUCUACCUUCAGAAUGCAAUUUUUUGAAUCUCAGCUCUAAAAUAGGAAUUGGAAGGUAUUGGAAGAUUUUAAUUAAUUACAAAUAGGUUAUGAGAACCAUUUGAUUGCAAUAUUGAAAGAUGCACAGUGGCAUCUGCUAAGUAAGAUGUAUUUCCAACAAGGGAACAACUGCUGUAUGCAUUUCAUUAAUUAAUAUUUUAAUGUACCUUAUAUAAAUAAAAAGACAAAGAUUACCAUUUAAUAA